AUGCUUCACUAUCUUCAGUUGGCACCUCUUGCCGACACGGCCGCCUCGUGGCGGACCAAUGUUUCUGGUAUUAUGGGCUCCACAUCUCUCGCAUGUUGGAUCGUCUUGCUUAUGCCUCAGCUCAUUGAGCAGUGGAGGAUGAAGUCUGCUGAAGGUAUCGCUAUUGGCUUCAUUACUAUCUGGUUUUUGGGUGAUUUGCUCAACUUGAUUGGCGCCUUGUGGGCUGGCUUGCUUCCUGAGGUUAUCUUCUUGGCCGUAUGGUUCUGUAUUGCCGACUUCUUGAUGAUCGCUUCUUACUUCUACUACACUACUGUUUACCCUAAACACCACAAGAGAGCUAGAAGCACUGCUAGUCGUGGUAGCCGUGGCAGCCGUGGCAGUCAUGGAUCUCAGGAAGGUGCUCCUUUGUUGAGAAGAAGAUCUUCUACCUUGACUGACAUCGCGAUGGAACCUGAGUACCAUAGUAUUGUUACCAGGUACAUUUUGCCAAUCCUCUUUGUCGUUGCCGCUGGUGUGUUGGGCUUCUUGUUUUCUGAUUCUGCCGCUGAUGACAACAAGGGUUCUGAUAAGAUUGACGCUGGUCCUCAGAUAGUCGGUUACUUGUCUGCUAUCUUAUACUUGGGAGCCAGAAUCCCUCAGAUCCUUCAAAACCACAGAAGACGCUCUGUGGAGGGCUUGAGUUUGCUCUUCUUCUUGUUCUCCACUUUGGGUAACCUCACCUAUGCUGGCCAGAUCUUGUUCUAUAGAUCGGACUCUCAAUACAUUGUAUUGAACAUGAGUUGGUUGUUGGGCUCCUUGGGAACCAUCCUUGAAGAUUGCGUUAUUUUCUUGCAAUUCUACUUAUAUAAGGGCCACCACCAGCAUCAGGAGGCCAUUGCUUCAUAA